AUGAAACUUACAAAGCAACGAAAGCUUUUAUACGUGAAAAGCACCGUAAGCCCAAGUGUUCUUGAAAUAUCAGCAGUCAUGAUGUCCAAGCCUUCAAGUGGAGGCCAACAGUCUCCCAGCGGACUUGCCAACGAUUCCGGCAGCGCGACUACUCUGGACGAAGAGUCCUUCUUCAAAUCAGCGUGCCUCGAAACUCUGGAAGAUGGAAAACUCGUUCUGUCUUAUGCCACCGCCGCGAACGAAAAGGAACCGCUGCACACUGGAAAGUGGACCGACGAAGAAAUGGCUUACGCGGAAGGUCUCAUCGAUGAGUUCCGAGAGGGAAACUUGGCACUUCCCGAUGGAACAUCUCUGCGCCAGUUUUUGGCCAAAAUGUUGAACUGCAGUCCAAAGAGAAUCUCCAAGAGAUACGAGGGGAACAACUAUUCCAAGGGACGUAAGUUCUACGUCAAGAGUGCUGGGCAACUAGGGCCUGCCGAAGCCCAGCUAAGGCGUUCCAAUCUUCAAGAACUUGAGCGGAGACACAAACAGAAGCUAUUGCAACUGAAAAUCCCCCACCUCCUCAUUGCGGAUCGUUCUCAAGACGACCCGGUGGAUCAAACUAAACCCAAAACCAACGGGAAAAAGAAGGCCCCGCUAAUGCCAGCCAGCACCACAACAGGCCGAGGUGGAGUUGAUCAAUCAUCUGUUCCUUUGGCAGCCAGCAAUGUGGGCAUUAGUGACGGUGCAGGUCUUCCUGCAUCCGUCAGGGGUUUGGCAUUGGACCAGUCGAUCUACAAUCGUCCGAACUUUCUCGAGAGCACGAGACCGUCACUACCAUCGUCAUCGCUGUUAAACGCUGGCCAAGCGUUGGCUCCGUCAUCAUCUGUCCUUGAUGAAAUCCUCUUAUCCGAUUUCAACCAAAGACCUCAGUUCAAUGUUGAACUUCUUGUCCAGCUUCGUGCCCAGCAAGCUGAAUCUCAGCGUCUCAACAGACUGUUGGAACUCCAAAGAGGGCUCACCACGGCAACGGGGCAAAUUGUAUAUACACAGCCACCAUCACAGCAGCAGCAACAACAGCAACAACAAUUCAGCUCGAGAAGCUCGUUGCUCCAUCGCGAUUUGGAUGCAUCCACUGGUACCUUGCUGGGUGGUCGGUUUUCUUCUCUCUUUGGAACGGGGCAAGCCACUGCCGCCAAUGACAUUGGUACCGCCCACAUUCAGGAGUUGAUGUUGGCCGAAGAAGCGCGGACAGUGCUAUUCCCAGAAGCGGCAAGGCCAUUGCCAUCUUCUCGGGCUGCGCUGCCUGAUCCGGCGCGUCGGGCCUCAUCGACCACCACUCCUCCCUUCUUAUCUUCCCUGGUCCCGCCUGUGUCAGCGGCAAGCUUGGACCGUGAAUCUGAUCUUCAGAUGAAUUCCUUAAUCCAAAUGCAGCUGCAAGCUCAGCAGACUUCAUCUUCUAGUAGUCGAUUUGGCCAGCGAUUUGGAAUCGCACAAAUGCAAGAGCAAAAGAUCAACGACGAAGAUGGAAGACAGCAGCUGUCGACGUCGACGUCUGCUACUGUGUCGCGGGCGGGUACGGUAGAUGAACAGACCCGCCGAUUGCUGCAAGCCCCACCAAGCUCAUUGGCAGCAGCACUAUCAGCACAGUCAGCACUGUCAUCUCUCGGACACAAUGCGUCGUCUUCGAUGGUGCAGCAGACCCCUUCCGAACUGUACACGUGGCUCCAAUUGAGAACUUCUUCUCCCACACUAACAAGUGACCAAUCGGCAGGAAGGGGGCUCAAGCGAAAAGCCAAUGAGGAUACCAAUCAAAGUGGGGGCCAAAGGCGUCGAUAG